GCAUUUCAGGUUCGAACAAUACGGCGAGAGGUCAAGUCCUCAAGUACAAUAUUUUGUGCGCGAUAUUUUCAAUGUUCAGUGCAGUCGUCUUUGGGAGUAUAUAUAACUACCAGUACCUCGAUAACACACAGUCUCGAUCGUCUCAUUAUCAUCUGACGCUGUCUGCUAUAUCCUCUUCCCCUGAAUUUAAUUCUAAUCAAAUUAAAAGAUGUCUACCUACAAACUGACGUAUUUCGAUGGUCGUGCUAGAGGGGAACCUGCCCGGAUGCUCUUUGCUCUGGCAGGACAGAAGUAUGAAGAUAUUCGGUAUGGUUUCGAGGGACAGGAGUGGCCACAGAUCAAAGGGGACAGGAAAAGGUUCCCCCUUGGUAAGCUACCCGUGUUGGAUGUAGACGGUCAGCUCCUGACUCAAAGCAGGGCUAUUUACCGCUUUCUAGCUCGUCGCUUUCCAGGUGAUUACUAUGGGAAGAACGAUGAUGAGCGUGCACAGAUAGACGUCAUCCUCGGGAUCGUAGCGGACAUCGAGAUCGCAAUCACACCAGCAUACGAGACACCAGACGCUGCCAAAAGAGAAGCAGACUUUGUCAAGGCUAGGGACAGCACUCUGAAGCCUUCCUAUGAGUUCUUCUCUCAAUCUCUUCAGAAAGCAGGAGGAAAAUACUUCGUUGGAAACAGGAUGACGUUAGCCGAUCUGGUCAUCUUCAAUCUCAUCGACUUUUUCAUGGACAGCAUCAUUGGUCUGAAGACGUAUUUUGGCCCUUACCCAGACCUGGUCAAGUACUACGAAACAAUCAAGAAUGAUUCGCCUCUCACCGGAUAUCUCAAAUCAAGGAAAAACACCCCAUAUUGAUAUAAGAAGUUAUAAUCUAUUCUCUGUAAUAACGUCUAAAAAAGAUUGAGCGAAAGAAUUGAAGUAGACGAGGAAUGCCGAAAGGGCCUAGUGUCUUGUCAGCUAGGAUGGGGGGGGGGGGGAUAUUUCUUAUCAUUAUUACAAACGAAAAACUUUCGCUCAAUAUUGGCUAAAGUCUGAGCAUGCAUGUUUGAUAAAAUUAUGGACAACUGUCUAUUAAAUCUAACAUAAACGUGGUAACAUUGGUCAUUAAUCAAAAUCCCUACAUAUCCAAACAUGAAUUUUUGAAGUCAAUUAGAUGUCAUUCAUUGAUGAAAAUACACAAGCCUUAAAGGGAUGGUCCGGGCUGAAAGUAUGUAUAGCUUAAUAAAUAGAGUAGAAUUCACUGAGCAAAAUGCCGAAAAUUUCAUUAAAAUCGGAUAACAAAUAACAAAGUUA